AUGUAUCGAAACCAGUACUGCUUGUUCAAUGACGAUAUACAAGGUACUGCCGCAGCUGCACUUGCCGGAUUGCUGGCAUGUAAGGAACAUACUGGGCGACCGGUUAGCGCCGAAACAUUCCUUUUCUACGGCGCCGGCGCUGUUAGUUUUCGUUUGCGUUCGUCUGUGCCUUUUCUUUAUGCAUUCUCAACAAAACAUUCUCGAACUGUCCUUGCAAAAAGCUAA